AGGGAGAGAGACAGACACAGAGAGAGAGAGAGAGAGAGAGAGAGAGAGAAUGAACGAACAAGUAAGCUUGCUCACUGUCUUAGGAGGCAGUCUACUCGAGCACACAUCUACCUUACCCUAGAAGGAUAUUGCAUGCUUUGUGAAGGAAGACUAAGAAGACCUCUCUAGGGAACUCUCAUACUGACAUCUGUCUUAGAUUAUGUGUGCAUUUGUAUAUGUAAACAGGAUUAUUAAUCCAGUAAGUCAGACCUGAGCAUUGAGGAAUUUUUGGACAUCCAAAGGAUCUUUUCAAAGGAUGCAGCAGGGAUAAAACGAUCUUGUGUCUUUUGUUUUGACAUAUUUCAACACAAUGGCUGCAUUUUACAGCUGCUUGCGAGGAAAGAAGUGUGAAAUGGUGGACAUCAUGGCCCUGCCCUUGCACUGGAGGCACUCCAAGCAGGGAUCGCACCAUGGCCUCGGGACCUGUGGCCCCCAGUGCAGCCGACGAACCUUCAGAUGCAGCGGAUGAGUGCCCAGGGAAAAAGAAGUCCCGAUUCCAGACAUUCAAGAACUUCUUUGUGAAGAAGAAAAGGAAAGGGGCAACGGCCGCAGUGGCGGCAGAUGAUGGCAGGUUGAAGUCCGGCCAGUCUAGCGAUGACAUAAACACUCCGGAGCCGACCCACAACCUCACGGACAAGGACAGUGACUCUGGAUACAAUAUCAAAUUGGGAAACAAGGCUUUGUCACAUGAUAGUGUGUUCGCUUCCGAUUCGCCCUCUUCUGAGAUUAAUGAAGCCCUCACUGCCUCCCAAGAGAGCAUUCAUGGGAAAGUGAAAUCACUACAGCUGCAGCUGAAGUCGGCAAUCCGGCUGGGCUCUCCGGCCAUCUCUGGCAGGAGUGUUGAAGAGUCAGCCACUCUGUCGGAGGAUGACGGCUUGCCCUGCAGCCCCCCUGGGGACUCCAGCUUCAGCGCCAUGCUGCCUGCUUCCUCUCAGAGGUCGUCUGGCGUGGUGCAGAGAAGGAUUUCCCUUAGUCUGGAGGAAUCGGACAGUGAUGAUGACCAGAUGUCCAAUGGAGCCUCAUCGCGGCCCAGUACCCCUCAAGCGACCAUCCCAGUGGACUUCAGUCACCCCGCCAGCUCACUCUCCUGCCUGGACAGCUCUGCUGCCCGCCAUCGCAUAGCUGUCAACACCAUGGCCUGUGCUAAGAGGAAGCCUGCCAGUAGGGAGAUGCUGCAAAGCAAGAAAAGAGACCUAAGGGAAAGAGUACUGCUUAGAGACACGGAUGACAAACUGAGAGCUGUAGGAGUGUUUACUGAAGGGGACAAGAACCAAGAGGAUACAGAGGUCGAAGAAACAGUGUUUGAGUCUCAACCAGUCUGCUCAGUAUUAGAGCAGAGUGAGGAGGAGCCACCAGCCUCUACCCAAAGCCAAACAUCAUCCAGAACAUCUGCCACCUCUGCAGAGUAUUCUGACAAGGAUGAAUGUGUCCCUCAUGAGGAUCAUCACCCUAGCAUGGAGUUCUCAGUGUCCGCGUGGGAGAACCCAGUAACUCUGGAGCUUCAUGCUGACGACUUCCUGCUGGACGCAGGGUGUGAGGUGGUUUCUGAGGAGCAGGGGUCACUGCUGGAGGAAGUGCUAAGCUCCCUGAAGGGCCCCCUUACAUCAGGCUUGGUGCAAGAGCCUAAGGAUGUGGGUGAACAGAUGAAGGUGGAAGAUGUGACUGGUGAAGAUGUGCCAAAUUUCCUGGCAGAGGACAUCGCCACAAACCUAUUAGACUCCACAGAUCCAACCUCUCCCCUGGAGGAACAGGUCAUACCUGUUCAAAACACUCUAUGUAAAUCAGCAGAAUAUCUUGGUGAAGUAGAAGAUACUUCAAAAAAAGAAGAACCAGUAGUACAAGAAAUUUGUGAGGAAGCCCCUCUUGAAGAUUUGCAAGUGCCUGAAGGUGAGCCUAAGUAUGAGGAUGAGGAACAGCAUGAUGAAAAGAAAGACAUAGAUGAGAAACUGUAUGAAGAAAGCAGGAUAAUGAAGAAAGUGGAUGAAGUGAGUGAGGAAGAAGUUGAAAUUGAGAAAAUGGAGGAAAACAAGAAAGAGGAAGUAUGGUGGGAGAACGAAGAAAAUGAAGUUGACAAAGAGGAAGAAGUGGAGAUUGAAAAAAGUGCAGAAGAUGCUGAGGAACUAAAAGAUGAUGAAGGCGAACAAGGAGAAGACAGUGGAAUCAAUGAUGAGACAUGUCCACCAGAAGAAGAAGAACUUGAGAUCGAAGUGGAAAAAGCAAGCAUUGAAGUUGAAAGCUUUGACCAGUGUGUCAAAGUUGAGGCCUUGGUCUCAACAGAAGUUGUGAGCCAGCCUGAAAAUCUUCAAGCAAUUACAGCUCAGGAGUCUGUUGAGCCACCUUCCUUUGUGGUUACCACCUCUGUUAAGCUCAGUUUUCCCAGCAGAGUCUCCAAUAUUCCACAGCAUCCUACGGAGAGAGAGGAUAAGUCAGAAACUCUACAAGAAGAGGCCAAUGAGCAGCAUAUUAUUCUGGAAGGACUUCAAGACCGGACUUCAGGAAGUCAGCUGUUAGAAGAACACAAAGUGGAACAGGAGGUGUUGUCUGCGAGCACACCUGACAGUCAGCCCCAAUUUAUAAUUACUCCCGCCUGGCAGAAUUCACUCUCUGGCGGGGUUUUUAAAGAGUGGUCCCAGCCAGUCGAAUUGCCCCAGCCAGUCAAAUUGUCUGCAGCAAAGGGUGAACCUGCAUUCACAGCAUCCACAAGUAGUGAUCAGCUCCUUGAAGAUGUGAAAACUGAACGGCCCCACAGCCCAGUUCGGAGUUGUAGUGUGCCAUCCCUCCCUCUCCCAAGAGAGAUAUCCCAGGCUCAUGCAGAAACCACCCCAGAGAACCCCUUUGGAGUUCGGCUCAGGAAGACAGCAAUGCUGCACCGCUAUGCUUCAGAGGGUGAAAGUCCCACUCACACCACCCAACCAGAGUCUGCAGACACAGAGAAGAUCUUGGAACAGCUUGCCGAAAAGCCUGCUUUGCCCAAGAAGCCUGAUCAGGUGGCUGAAGGUGCUGUGAAGCCCAAAAGAAGCUCAGAUCUGGUAGUAGGUAAGACAUCAUUAGAGGCAACAGAGCCACCAAGCUGGAUCUCUGUGGCUAGACAGAAGCAGAAGCUCUUCAAAGAGAACUCCCUAGAGGAAUCCUCUGAGAGUAAAGUCUCUGUUGAUGAGGAACUUGUCAAAAAGAGUUCAUUGCUUGAUUUAUCAUGUCCAGUCACCAAAGAUGUUGCUUCUUUGCUAAAACCUGUUGCUUCACCUGUUAAAGUGGCCUGCUCUUUGGAGAUAUCCAAACCAUCCCUGGUUGAGAAGGAGAGUAAGAGGAUGACCAGCCACCUGCCUCCAGCCCCUCUUGUCCAGGAGGAGCCUCCGUGGCUGGCCCUGGCCAAGAAGAAGGCCAAAGCCUGGAGCGAGAUGCCACAGAUCGUGCAGUAGAAGUAGUGGAGAAGCUAGGCAAGCCAGAGGAAAGCAUGCCACGCUUUUUUUUUUUAAAGGACAUUUGCACACGCUGAAGAUAACCCAUCCCAAUACUCAAACCAUUCUUAACUUUUAUCACUGUUUUUGCACACAAAACAGAUAUACACAGACAUGUGAUUAUAUGCAAUAUAAUCUAAACAGAUUCACUACGGGCUCUAGUCAGACAUUUGGAGAUUGUAUGCUUUGGAGAAAAGGAGAUGAAAGCUUAUCAGGACUGGUAUUCCUUUGUCUUUGUUAUACCUUCAGACUAGAAUUUGCACCAGAGGUCAGCAUUGUCUAAAAUAUCAGAGGUUUUAAAUGUUGAUUUGGAUAAGAUGUUUUGCAGCAUAUAUUCAGUAAUCUUCCAGAGGCUUUCAUCUGAAUUAGUUGCGUUUUGUUAAACAGUACAAUUUCUAUAAUUCUGUUCUAAAAUGUAAAGGAUUCUGGAAUGGAGGAUGUUUUUUUUUCUUGCAAAAUGAGCAGUUUUUCUGAGGAAAACUUAAAACACUAACUGUUCGUAUUAAGGAUUACACUCUAGUAAAUAAUCAAAUAGUUUUUGUAA